UUUUGUAUACAUCUCCAUACUCCACCAUAAUGCAGCGUCCUCUCCUCCCCUUCGCCUCUCUCCGCCCGCUCCUCCGCCCACAGAGGACUCUACAUGUCUCUGCCCGGGUGCGCUCCCAUGAAAACCCGCUCGGUAUCCCGAAACGCAAUCCGAACCCGCCACCCACCAUCCCCAGAAGAGGAGCACCUCCCCAGAAAUCUAAAAUAAGAGGCGUCAAGCAAGUCGUCGUCGUCGCAAGUGGUAAAGGUGGAGUGGGCAAAAGUACUGUCGCCGCCAAUCUCGCUCUCUCUUUGCUCAACACUUCUCCAUCCGACCGCGCACCAAAGGUCGGACUUCUCGAUCUGGACAUAUUUGGCCCAUCAGUGCCGAAAUUGAUGGGUUUGGAGAAUGCCGGCGAUCCAAGACUUAGUGAUGAAAACAAACUUUUGCCAUUACAAAAUCAUGGAGUCAAAACCAUGUCUAUAGGCUACCUUCUCCCUCCCAAUCCCGAAAACGACUCUCCCGUCGUCUGGCGAGGUAUGAUGGUAAUGAAGGCUGUCCAGCAAUUACUUUUUGACGUUGACUGGACAUCUCCUAAUGUGAAUGGAAGCAAGGAAGAUUUAGACGUGCUGGUGAUCGAUAUGCCGCCUGGAACGGGCGAUGUGCAGUUGAGUCUCGGACAGUUGGUUGUUGUCGAUGGCGCUGUCAUCGUUUCCACACCUCAAGACGUCGCUCUGAUUGAUGCUAGAAAAGGUGUGGGCAUGUUCAAUAAGGUCUCCAUCCCAAUAAUCGGCUUAUUACUCAACAUGUCACAUUUCACCUGUACAUCAUGUACGACACCUCAUGAGCUGUUCGGCAGCUCAGCUAAAUUCGAAAAAGCGGCAAAGGAUUUGAACUUGGACGUCCUAGGCAAACUCCCAUUAGUGACAUCGGUGAGCGAUGGCGGCGAUGCGGGCAGGCCGGUUAUGGUUCAAGCCGGAAAAGAGGGGGAAGAGGUGCGACAAACCAUGAGACAAGUCGGCAACAAGGUCUGGGAAUGGUUAGCUAGACAUAAACUAAAUAGUAACAUUGGAACCAGGGGCUGAAUGUGAUUUUUUAUAUCGCUUCCGAAGACCGACAGAUGCUGCCAAACUGCAGAUCGCAC